AUAUUCGCAGUGACUGAGAUUCUGAGCUAUCGGUUCGAAACAGCUUUAAUACUUUUAUACACAGAGAACAGGCGAUGGGUCGUUAAAUAGUUCAGUGUAGAACGCCGGAUAGUAUUCUCUCAGAAUCAGACUGCAUGGCCAAAGAUUUACAUCGUUACAAGAAUUGGUUGGCUAUUCCCACUAAUUGGUUUCUUCAUCAUACGGCAGGUUUUCAUGUAAACGAUUUUUUUUCUCUCUCUCUUCUUUCUUCUUCUUCUUCCGAGGUGUGUAAGUAAGUGUAUCUAUUCGCGCUUCGGACAGAUGUGUAUUGAUGAGACUUGUGUGGGGGUUUAACCAGAUAAAACCACGAUAUGGAUACACCAUAGAAGUGAACGCGGAAAUAUUCUGGGGAAUCAUUCAUUUGGUCAACAUUUGAGCAUCAGUUUCUCUCUGAUUAAAAGAUCGUCUUCUCAAAGUGACGCUAAAAAUGAACUGGAACAACACAAGCAAUCUGACAUCUGAUUACAAUCCGCCAAUGUGGGGAUUCUGGGCAAAACAAAUUGGUACACCAAUCAUCACUGCGGUAGGAUUAACCGGAAACACUUUGUCCUUCCUGGUAAUGGGAUGCUCACAGAGGCUGCGCAAACGUUCAUAUAGUCAGUUUCUUUGCUUGCUGGCCAUUUUUGACAGCCUGAAUCUCAUCAUAAAUGAGAUCGACCUUAUCGACGAAAUGAUAAUCUACAAGUCUGGACCCAGCUAUGGUGUCUUCAGUGAUUUUUCGGACGGAUUGUGCAAGUUCUAUAAUUUCAUCAAAUACGUGUUGCUUCUUUUAUCAUCAUGGCUAAUCGUUUGUUUAUCCUUGGAGCGGGUCAUUGCCGUGUGUUUCCCCUUCAGAAAGAAACUGAUUCGUAAACGACACAACGUGGUCGUUCUUGUUUCCCUGAUGUUUGUCGUUUUAUCCUUGACCCAGAUUUUCCGAGUUCUAUUUAUAGAAAAUGUGGACGGAGUUUGCACGGUGGGGCGGGAAAACUUAACACUGUAUGUAUAUCUCCAUCAUUACGCCUAUCAUCUAGCGUUACUAUUUGGUCUGCCAUGUGUAAUAGUUUUGACAUGUAAUCUCGGCGUCAUUUAUCAAAUUUACGUCAUCAGAAAAGAGGCGGGAAAUGAUCGCCCGCGCUCGCUCGACAGCACGCGGAAGGCUACCACCAUGCUGCUACUAAUUGGCUUUGUGUUCGUGGUAACCAUGUUUCCACAAUUUGUGUGCACUAGCAUUAUUUUAUACUACUCCGAUGGUGACAGAAUUCACGUCGGUAGGUUCAUACUAAUGGACAUGAAACCAUAUCUGGAAGUACUAAGUGUUGUGAGCUAUUCUAAUUACUGCAUCAACUUUUUCAUCUACGUCAUGUGUGGGAAGUCAUUCCGAAGAGAACUGAGGCGUAUAUUUAAGCGCAGCCGACACGGGAGUUUCUUUGGCGGCACGCGGACCAGGACCAAAGAGGAAGUGAUGCGGUUGCAGUAAAUCAGAACUUAAUACAGCAGUUAAAGACCAAAACUUCCUUUCCUUUCGUGUUGCCUUGUUGAACGAUUUUUUUCAUCACCGAGUGUCGGAUACGUAUUUAGAUGUCACGACGGAUAUUUGAAGAAUAAGACUAAUUAAUAAGAUUUUGUGCUUGUUAUUAUUAGGAAUUUGUUCAUCGUAUGUCAAAAAAGUAAAAAAAGUUGACAUACUUAU